AUGAAAACCAACCGGCCAAAAUUGAAAAAAUCAGCCGUGUUUCCUUUAAAACCGCGUGAGGAGAUUGACUUCACCGAAUAUUAUGAUAAUCUCGAUGUUGACCAACAACUUGAGGUGAAGAUUAUUAGAAAUUCGAAGAAUGGUACACAGCAUCAUGGAAAGCAUCAGAAUAAGCAGGUUGGCGAGGAGGUGGCGCAGAAAUCAGAUGAACUAUAUGAUAAAAUGUAUAAUGAUUCAUCUCUUGUUUAUUAUAGGCAGGAUAAAAGGCAGAGAGACAAAGCGAUACUUGGCAGACUCAAGCACCCCAAAUUCAAACGAGUGCAGUUUGAGGCCGUUGGAUCAGUCUCAAGUUCAGCAGAUCCGGAUUCAGGCGUUCUUAUCAUGAACAGAAAGUAUCACAAGUAUGGAUAUAACGAUUCGAGUUCAAAAAGAGUGGGGCAGAGAGGGUUGACAGCCUAUAAGAGGGCAAACGAGAGUGACUAUGGGCUAAUCACGGGGAGAUUGAGAAAGGACGAGAAGUUGAAGGUGUUGUAUGACAUGGAUAACCAGGAUAGUCUCUAUGUGGACUACGUGAAUCGUCAGAGAGCAGAAAAUGGACUCAAGGAAAUAAGCAACGAGUUCUUUGAGUUGGUUAUGACGUUCAUCGAGAUGCAGUUCUUCUUCAUAGAGCAGCUGCUACCACCAUCUGUUGCAAACGAGGAUGCCCUGAGUAAGAAGCUUGCGGCUAAAUGCUCGAUGUAUGGUUCAGAUGACGGCAUAGGAGUAUCACCAGAAGAAGAUCAAUGCUGUGCGAUUUGCAACAGGAAUGACUGCGAUGCUUCGAAUGCGAUUGUUUUCUGCGAUGGAUGCAACAUUGCUGUUCAUCAGGAAUGCUACGGAAUACCGUUUAUACCUGAGGGACCGUGGCUUUGUAGAAGAUGUCUUAUCUCAAGAGAUCACACACAGAGAUGUCUUUUCUGCCCCAGCACGACUGGAGCAUUUAAGCAGACGGAUGAUGGCCACUGGGCACACAACAUCUGUACACUCUGGAUCAGCGAGGUGUACUUUGCGAAUCCAACAUACAUGGAGCCUAUAGAAGGUAUCCAGAACAUUCCAAAGGGUAGAUGGAAGCUCACCUGCUUCAUAUGCCGGAGGAAGGUUGGGGCGUGCAUUCAGUGUUCGAAGCACAACUGUUUUGUCGCGUACCAUGCAACUUGUGCAAAGCGAGCCGGACUGUAUAUGGAGAUGAAGGAAGGUGUUAAGGGAGCGCUUGACCAUCCAUUAUCACUGAUUUCUUACUGUGAUCGCCACACGCCUGGCAGUUGGGCAUGCUCUCAUGAUACAGCCCUUGGAAUAGAGAAGACCAGGCUGUUUUACUCAAGAUCAAACGUGUCUAAGCUGAACAAGCAGGCACGGUAUGAAAAUUACGUUCCCGUUAGCACCGAGAAGUUUCGGGAGCUUCAGGAGUCAAAAAGCAGGUUGUUUAAGUGGAAAACAAACCGGGGAUCUCCCGUAGUUCCCCAUGCCGUUGUCGAAAGGAUGGAAUCGUAUCUUAAGAGAGAGAGGCUUUUACCUGACGGGUCGGAGGACCUGCUCGCGAACAUUUGCAAGUACUGGACCUUGAAACGGGAGCAGAGCAAGAUUCCAUUGAUCAGACGGCCGGAUCCGAUCAACUAUGGGUCGAUGACGCUUGAUGACGUGCAGGAUCGGCUUGGCGUGCUGGAUAUGAUCAAGAAAGACGUGCAGAAGCUUGGCGAAAUCUCCGAAAGAGUUUCGGAGCGCAGUGUGCAGACCUCGAGGCUAAAUUCGGUGUUGGUGCAGGAGUCCGAGGCGUUUUACCUGCCGCGUUUGUUUGCGAUUGAAACGGUUGGCAGCGCAUUUCUACACUCCGACAAAUAUGGGGUGUUGGAUACGAUUUUGACGGAUAAUGAAGGUGUCAUAGAUGGCAAGCAGCUUAGAUAUAAAAUUGAAAAUGGUGGAUAUGACAGUGUUGAGGAGUUGAUAGACGACAUUGAGCAGUUGGCCGGAUAUGUGCUUUCAACAUACUCACGGAAUUCCGGCCCUUACAAGUUGUUUAAGUUGCAUUGGGGCAAGAUGAAGAGGCAGAAGUACCAGAUGGCUCGGAAUUUUGAGUGGCUGUGUGAGGAAGGAGAGCAAGGACUGAGAGAGGCUUAUGGAUGCUUUGAGAGAAAUGGGUUGGCAGUGUGUGAAGUGCCAAAGCAUGCAUAUGGAGGGGAAGGAGAUGAGAUGAAAGGAAGAGGUGAGAAGAAAGGAAGAGAUGAGAAGCUGAAGAAAAAAGAGAGGGAAGAUGACAGAAAGGACUUAAGACCUUUUGGAAAUAGUAUCAGCGACCGGUUGAGAUGA